AUGGUCGCCGAUCUUGACAUUCUGCUGCAGUCCCGUCUCAAGCAUUGGGCUCAGCAUAACAAGAACAAGUAUCACGAGAAUAUUGUUGUCUACCGUGACGGUGUCUCGGAAAAUCAAUACGAUACUGUCAUUGGAAAAGAGCUCCCUCUGCUCAAACGAGCUUGUGAAACUAUUUACCCAGCUAGCGUCACAAACCGCGGCCUCCCCCGUAUGGCCAUUAUAGUGGUCGGCAAGCGUCACAACACUCGCUUCUACCCUACCGCCGACUUUGACGCAGAUCGCUCCGCAAACCCAAUGCCCGGUACCGUUGUUGACCGUGGAAUAUCAAAGUCCCGACACUGGGACUUUUUCCUGCAGACACACCCAGCGAUUCAAGGAACCGCCCGCCCCGCCCACUACUUUACUGUAUGGGACGAAAUUUUCUCUACUGAUCAGCCAGCGGCAACAGGGGUUUCAGGAGCCGCAGAUGUCCUGCAGGACUUGACCACAAGAUGUGCUAUUUAUUUGGCCGUGCGACCAAGGCGUGACCUUUUUGACCCUAUCCCCUCUGUGACACCAGAGGCAAGUGUUGUGGGAACUGAGAGUGGUCGAAGUCAAUUGCCUGAGAGCCAUCAGGUUGUUGUGCAUCCUAAUGUGAAGGAUACCAUGUUCUACAUCUAA